GAGAACAGGAACCAAAGCCACUUUGUUUCCAUGUUCAUGGGAUGAAGACAGGAAUGCAGAGGUGGCAAGACGCCAGUGUACACAAGUCCCAGAGGAGGCCUGGUCUGCUUUGGCCACCCAUCCUGCAUCUACCUGAUCUGGAUGUGCAUCCUCGAAGGUGGUAGCAAAGUUGAAGCUGGGGACAGGAGCCCAAAGGGCCAGCCCUUGGAGCAGUCCCGGGACAAAAGCAACAGAAAAGCCUGGCUACUCAGGGCUAAGCAAGCCCCGAUGUGCCAGGCACUGCCCACCUCCCGCUCCCGCCCUACACCCGCCGCCCAGGCCCAGCUCUGACCUCGGGUCUCAGGCACGCUGGUCGUGGGCAGGGGCACGGCCACGGGGUCUUGGGGCUCGCUCGCCAGCCGCUGCCCAGCGCACAUGGACUUCAGCAUCUGGAAUACGGCGAGGGGCGCCACGUUCAGCUUUAGCAGGUCCACCAGGAUCCUAGAGAGAACAGACCCGGCGCGCGGUGAGCCUUCCUCGCCCGGGCCGUCAGUCCCCCGGAACCCCGAAACCCGACUCCGCCGCGCGCUCACUUGAACACUUCGGGGUCCAUGGCGCCGCCCGCAGCCUGAGCCAGCUCGAACAGCUCCGUCUCCUCGGCGCUCAGCACCUUCUUCCGCCGCAGCGCCAGCUUCUGUAGGGCCGCUUCCAGCCCUGGUGGCGCCCCCGGCCCGGGCCCCGCGCCUGGCGCCGCCAUCUGCUUGCGGCUGGGUCCCCCACCCGGUACAGCCCCGCCGCGCCCCCUACCGGCCCGCCGCGCCCUCCUCUCCCAGCAGCUCCCCUGCCAUCCGGCGCUCAGAUCCGGGCCCGGGCGGCGCCGGGCGUUGGAAGGAGACCCGCUCUUCGGCGACUGGUCUUCUCUACGCUCUCACGGCGGUGACGGCAUCCAGAGUAUCUCACGCUGGCAUACCGUGGGCGAUCAAUAAAUGCCCGUUGGACCCAGAGUGUACUGUUUCGCGCCGGGUCCGGUAGGAGGCGCGCCUCUAGGCAGUAACGCACAGGCCUUACGUGCACGCGCGCUCUUUUCCUAGGUGGGCGCCCCCUUGCGGUCCCAUAAACCCACGGGACUACACUUUGCGCACGCGCCUUUUAAAGAAGCAGCCCAAAGAGAAAGCGGCGCUUUUCCCGUUUGUAAAGGGGAGGUGACGCCACGCGCAGCUUGAUGACGACAUUUCGGCGCCGGUUCGCCGAAUGGCGGCCUCCAUCCCUAAAGCGAGCGACCCUGUGGGUCUCUCAGUGGUUUUCUAAGACGGCUGCUUUUGAGUCUCCCCGGGUGGCUGCCAUGGCGUCCCCUCACAUGCAGCAGCCCAGCUUCCUGCUGGCUAGCCUGAAAGCUGACUCCAUGAAUAAGCCCUUUGCACAGCGGUGCCAGGACUUGGUCAAGGUCAUUGAGGAUUUUCCAGCAAAGGAGCUGCACACCAUCUUCCCAUGGCUGGUAGAGAGCAUUUUUGGCAGCUUGGACGGUGUCCUGGCCGGGUGGAACCUCCGCAGUUUGCAGGGCCGAGUGAGCCCCGUGGAGUACAGCGUUGCCAUGGAGUUCCUAGAUCCUGGGGGUGGCCCAAUGAUGAAGCUGGUUUAUAAACUUCAAGCUGAAGACUAUAAGUUUGAUUUUCCUGUCUCCUACCUGCCUGGUCCUGUGAAGGCAUCCAUCCAGGAGCGUGUGCUCCCCGACAGUCCUCUGUACCACAACAAGGUCCAGCUCCCUGCUCCCGGGGGCCUUGGUCUGCACCUGGCUCUCAAUCCGUUCGAGUAUUACAUGUUCUUCUUUGCCUUGAGCCUCAUCACUCAGAAGCCGCUCCCCGGGGCCCUUCACAUCCGCACUUCGGACUGCGCCUACUUCAUCCUGGUGGACAGGUACCUGUCGUGGUUCCUGCCCACAGAAGGCAGUGUGCUCCCCCCACUCUCCUCCAGUCCGGGGGGGCCCAGCCCCUCACCAGCUCCCAGGACUCCAGCCAUGCCUUUUGCAUCCUACGGCCUGCACCACACCAGCCUCCUGAAGCGACAUGUCUCCCAUCAGACAUCCGUGAAUGCCGACCCUGCCUCCCACGAGAUCUGGAGGUCAGAGACGCUGCUCCAGGUUUUCGUUGAAAUGUGGCUUCAUCAUUAUUCUUUGGAGAUGUACCAAAAAAUGCAGUCCCCUCAUGCCAAGGAAUCCUUCAUGCCCAGCGAGGAGCAUGUGCUGGCUGUGCGGCUGCUGCUGAAGCACCUGCACGCCUUCUCCAACAGCCUGAGGCCUGAGCAGGCCUCACCCUCCGCCCACUCCCACGCCGCCAGCCCCCUGGAGGAGUUCAAGCGGGCCGCUGUCCCAAGGUUUGUCCAGCAGAAGCUCUACCUCUUCCUGCAGCACUGCUUUGGCCACUGGCCCCUGGAUGCGUCAUUCAGAGCUGUCCUAGAGAUGUGGCUGAGCUACCUGCAGCCCUGGAGGUACGCACCUGAGAAGCAGGCCCUGAGCAGUGACAGCCAGGCCCGUGGCGUGUCGGAGAGAUGGGCACCCUUUGUGCAGGAGAACCUGCUCAUCUAUACCAAGCUCUUCCUGGGCUUCCUGAGCCGAGCACUGCGCACUGACCUGGUCAGCCCUAAGAACGCACUCAUGGUGUUCCGUGUGGCCAAGGUCUUCGCGCAGCCCAACCUGGCGGAGAUGAUCCAGCGAGGCGAGCAGCUGUUCCUGGAACCAGAGCUCGUCAUCCCUCACCGCCAGCACCGGCUCUUCACGGCACCCACGUUCACUGGCAGCUUCCUGUCGUCGUGGCCACCGGCCGUCACCGACGCCUCCUUCAAGGUGAAGAGCCACGUGUACAGCCUGGAGGGCCAGGACUGCAAGUACACCCCUAUGUUCGGGCCCGAGGUCCGGGCACUGGUCCUGCGCCUGGCCCAGCUCAUCACACAGGCCAAGCAGACGGCCAAGUCGCUCUCUGACCAGUACGGGGAGAGCACGGCUGGCCGUCCCUUUCUGUCAUGGUUGGGCUUCUACCCCACGGACACCAACGGCUCUUACCCUGGCAAUGACCUGGACGAGAUGGGGCAGGACAGUGUCCGUAAGACAGAUGAGUACCUCGAGAAGGCGCUGGAGUACCUGUGCCAGGUGUUCCGGCUCAGCGAGGCCCAGCUCGCGCAGCUCACACUUGCCUUGGGGACAGCACAGGAUGAGAACGGGAAGAAGCAGCUCCCAGACUGCGUCGUGGGUGAGGACGGACUCAUCCUCACGCCCCUGGGCCGGUACCAGAUCAUCAAUGGACUGCGCCGCUUUGACAUUGAGUACCAGGGGGACUCGGAGCUGCAGCCCAUCCGGAGCUAUGAGAUUGCCAGCCUGGUCCGCCUGCUCUUCAGGCUGUCCUCGGCCAUCAACCACAGGUUCGCAGGCCAGAUGGCAGCCCUGUGCUCAAGGGCUGACUUCCUCGGCAGCUUCUGUCGCUACCACCUCCUGGAGCCCGGGCUAUCUGGCAGGCGCCUGCUGAGCCCCGUGGGCCGGGGGCGUGCGGCCAACCGAGCACGGGGCCCCCGCCUCAGCCUGCGCUUCCUGGGCAGCUACCGGACUCUGCUGACCCUGCUGCUGGCUUUCUUCGUGGCCUCCCUGUUCUGCGUGGGGCCCCUGCUCUGUGCCCUGCUCCUCGUGCUGGGCUAUGUCCUCUAUGCCGUGGCCAUGACGCUGCUGACUGAACGGGGCAAACUGCACCAGCUCUGACCAUAGGCCAGCCACGCUUCCAGGGGAUGCUGAACUGCAGCCUUGGAACCAUCUGGAAGAAGCCUGAAAGGCAUGGGCCAUCCAGGCUGGGCAGGUUGAGGGCAGUGGGCCUCCCCACACAGCCAGAGGCCCUGCAGGGAGAGCCCUUUCUUUUAAUGGGUUGUUUAAUGGGUGGAGGUUGGGCGUCAGGCGUACCUGGAGGGCCUUUGGCCUCUAUCCACAGUCCUUGAAGUGGACAGUGUGACUCCAGGAUGGGUGCCCGGCCUCUAGGGGAGGACUCAGGUCCUAAAAGAGAGUCCUGAGAAAAUAGGGGAGGGUUCCCCAAUGCCUGAUUUUAAAAGAAGGGCCAAUUCUUCACGUUCUCCCAGCAGUUCCCAACUGGGCCACACACCUGCUUUUGAGAAGAGGCCUCCAGGAGUACAGAGGCUUGGUGGUCAGGGUCCUGCCUGCAGCUCCCCUCCGUCCCCCAGGCCACUGAAGUCAGCAGGGCCACCACCUCCUUGGUCCCGAAGGCCCUCAUGCCCCACGGGCUGCCAGCUUGUGGUCUACAGCCAAAGGUGGUCACAAGCAUUGUUUGUAUCUUCAAUAAAAUCAAGUACUCAAGGGA